CGGCGACACGACGUCAACGUUUUGACUGGAGCGUACUGUUCUGUACCGACGUUGGCAUGGACCUGGCGAGUGCGUUGCGCGGUGGGCUGCUGUCUGCCAAGGCGCUUGUUCGCACCCUCGAGCUGGAUGUUUGCGUGCGGUGCUGCCUGCGUUUUGCUGGUAUCGAGGAUUCGGAAGUCUAUGCGUGAGUGGUUUGAUCCAAGCAUGACCAGGAUGUCUGCAACCAUUGACACGCAUCCCCAGCUGCGAGUGACUCACAUUCUGCUCUAUUUGAGUGCCAUUGUAGCUGCACCGAGGAGGAAUUGGCUGGUGCAGUGAACGAUUUUAUUAAAGAGAGCGGCGUGGAGGUCGAAUCGAAAGAAGUUGUGGGCUGCACCUGCUGUGUGGGCGUGUUGAAUAGCGCGUUUCAUGAGAAGAUCCUGGCCGACGUGCAGCAAUUAUCCGAAAAGGCCAACUAUGACGUCAAGGCCUUCUCGCUUAACAUUAAACUGCCAAGUGUCGUGCUGUUGCGAGAAUACUCGCUGCUCAAGUUCUUGCGCUCGAGUGUCGACAAUUUCCCACGCAAAAUGCCGUUUGACAUGAAGGAUGUACUCAAGUCCUUCCUGGCUCCUCCCGUAUCGCGGAUGCUCAAAAAUGCCGAAUGCGCUAAUAAAAGCGAAUUUUCGGUGCUGAUCGACAUCAAGCAUGAUGAAUCCGCUGAUGAAGUGCGUCAGAUUCCGGCAAUCAAGAAACAGCUAGAGGGGACUCGAAAGCGCGGCCGUGGACCACCUCCUGUUUUCGAUGGUUUUGGUGCAGUUUCCCGCGCUCUUGCAGCACUGACGACUAUGCCCGAGACUAUCAAGAGUCCUCCCACUCCAGUUACCACUGUACCAGCGGCUGUGGCCACAUUCGAGCGCGACUCCGUGUACAUGCAGGGGCGAUACCUCAAAUUCCAACGUGGACUAAGUCAGACACCGUGGGUUCUGGACGGAGAGCGAAUGGGCGAAUCCUCCGUGGAAGAAUGCAUUGGUGAUAUUGCUCUGCCAUUCUUUCGAGGCAGUGGCUACAAGUUUCACACUGCGGGUCGUGAAGAUGUCGAUGUGCGCAUGCUUGGAAACGGAAGGCCGUUUAUCUUGGAGAUUUUGAAUGCCAAGAAGGCAUACCUGGAUCAAUCCGAGUAUGACCAGAUUGAAAAGGCAGUGAACGACGCGAACAAUGGCGCUGUUGAAAUUGUCCAAGUCAAGAGCUCCACCAAGGACUAUUUCGCAGGACUACAGGCUGGCGCGGACUCGAAGAAGAAGACUUACUGCUGUGUCGUUUGGUCGGAAGGAGUAUUGACACCAGAGGCUAUUGCGAAGAUUGACGCGAUCCAAGACCUCACCAUUCAGCAACAGACUCCCAUCCGCGUGCUGCACCGCAGGACGCUGAUGACGCGGCCGAAAAUUAUCCAUGCAGCCAAGUGUGAGGUGCUGAAUAAGCACUACAUGCUCCUACGUCUCACAACGUCUGCGGGGACGUACGUCAAGGAGUUCGUGCACGGCGAUCGUGGUCGUACCAACCCCAACGUCGCCUCGAUCUUGGGCUCCGAUGCUGAUAUCAUUCAACUUGACGUCGAAAGCCUGAUCGAUGCUCAGUAAGACAUCGACUAUCAUGGUACUUCCGAUCCAAUACAUCACAUAGAGACAAACUUCCUAUUGACGCUCUCCAAAUUCUGUAGCAACACCCUCAUUCGUCUUCAGGAAACGCUAAGGAUUCGUACUGAGAUUCGUCCCACAGCUCACCGAUCUGGUCGAGCAGUUCUUGGGCUCCUUGUGGAAGUGCUGCAGCAACGUGCUGGUCGCCUUCACUGCUCUUUGUUGCAGCAACUGAUGCUCGAAGUUCCUUGGCAGCCACUGCGGAUGACGAAGCUUGCAGCAAGUUCAGCACUCCUCUGGUAUUCGUGUUCAUGCUGCUUUGAGCGUCGCUCUUUUGCACCACCGUAGCCGCAACUUGCUCUUUGAACUGCUGGAGGUUUACAAUGUGUUCCUCGAGAGAUUCCUCCAUGAUUAACCUGAAUACGCGAACGGUACGCUUCUGCCCAAUGCGAUGUGCACGAUCCAUUGCUUGCAGAUCGACAAAAGGGUUCCACGAGUGUUCAAUAAAGAUGACAGUGUCAGCGCCAGUGAGCGUGAGUCCCAGGCCACCAACCGAUGUAGUCAACAACAAGACGUCUAUCGAUGGGUCGGCAUUGAACUGCUGAACAAUAUCUGCACGCUUCGAGUGGGAAGUUCUUCCAUCCAGACGACGAUACAUUACUCCAGGCAACGCGUCCUGUAGCAUUUGCUCUGUGAGAUCCAGCGUCUUUUGCAGAUGAGCGAACACCAGACACCGAUGAGGAGAAAAGCUGGUAUCAUCAGCGUUGGAAGCAGAGUCUAUAGAAGUUUUCUGAUCCCGUGCCGCAAUAUCACAGCACUCUACCAAGAGAUCGUGUAACCCGGUCAUCUUUCCUGAGCUCUUCCAGUCCGAAAGCGCACUCUUCUCCUUUGAAUUGAGACCUUGAGCAGCUUUAUCGUCAGCAACCAGCGCUGGGUGUACACAAAUCUUGCGAAGCAGUUGAAGAUUUGUCAGCACGUUGGUCGUUGCCGCAUCCUUUUCUUGAUUCUUCGUUCUUGAAGAGUUU